AUGCAGUUCCUGGUGGUGGUUGCAGCCUGUGUAGUCGCAUCUACAUCUAUUGAAAUUCGACCGAGUCGGAAUUAUCUUGAAAACAACAAGAUUCCUCCAUUAGAGCAGUCGAAGAAUCCUCAUGGUACGUCAAAAUUCCCGUACACAUAUGCCUCGAUUUGUUUGAAUGGGACUAAGGGCGAGUCGCUAAACAUCGUCUACGCUAAACAAUGUAAGAACAAAGAAGCGCAGGUGGCUCUUGGUCGUUACAGUAACCAGGUGAAUACGACGGGAUGGGGAAUUCUGGAGAUCGAGACCUUCUCAGGUCACCCGUACGAUUUGCAGGCGUAUGCUGCUGGAGUCGCUGAAGGUGAAUUUUUUAAAGGAGUGCUGACACAUCAGCAGAUCCAUUACCACUACAUGAACACGGUACAGAACUUAUGUAAGAAUCAUACACAAUACUGCACUCGUCUUUACAAAUAUUUGACAAAAAAUUUGGACUGGAUGCGCUCAAAAGUUAUUGAGGAACCUCCAUCCGACCUCUACUGGAGACACGUAAAUCUCACGUUUGCGCAGUUAACGGGCAUCUACGACGCGUACAUGAAGCGCAAUCUCGUACCUGGAAUCGGUUUCGAUUUAUCGCCGAUUCUGACAAUUCAGCUUUCCGGAGAGUUGUUCGAUUUGAAUAAGCUUUUCAACAAAACGCCUGAUCCACAAGAGUAUCCAGAGGCUGGACGAUGUUCAGGUCUGGUGAAGGUCGCCCCGGGAAACAAGGACUUGUUCUUCGCUCAUGUUGCGAUGUCCAGUCUUAGUUGGAUGAUGAGAGUAUUGAAACUAUAUAAGUUCGCAUACGACGCAAAGGAGGUUCCUGGUCGCAUGGUUUCGUUUUCUGGUUAUCCUGGACAACUGUCAUCCGCCGACGAUUACACCUUAACCAGUGCAGGACUAGUAGGGCUUUCAGACUUUCAUUGCAAAGACAGUGAUUAUUAUUGUGAUGAAAAGGGUUCAAUAGAGACGACGAUUUCAAUUUUCAAUAAGGCACUCUAUUCUGACACUUACAUUAAGCCAGAGGGACAGGUGCAUUGUUGGAUUCGAUCGACUAUUUCGAACUACCUAACAAGAACUGCCGAGGAAUGGGCAAAGCUGUUCUCGCGUUAUAAUUCUGGCACCUACAACAAUCAGUGGACGAUUGUCGACUACAAGAAGUUCAAGCCUGGCCAGGAACUUCCGGAUAAAGACAUUGGAUCGAUUCAAGCACAAGAUGUGACGUGGUACCUCAAAAGAUUCUCCUACUGGCCUUCAUACAACGUGCCCUUCAUCACCGAGAUCAGUAUCAUUUCCGGUUUCAGUGAGAAGGCAAGGGAUUUUGACUGGUACAAGUGGGGAGCCUCUCCGCGAGCGAGGAUCUUCGACAGGGACCAUCAUAAAGUGCACGAUAUGGACACACUAACAAAACUCAUGAGAUACAACGACUACACUCAUGACGAAUUCGCUCGUUGUAAAUGUUCUCCAUUUCCAUACACUGCUGAAGGAGGCAUAUCAGCGCGAGGUGAUUUGAAUGUACCAAACGGAACGUACGAGGUCGAAAGCAUGGGUUUCCGUGAUCAUGCCGGUCUUGACUUCAAGGGUACCAAUUAUGAAAUGUUCUCGAAGUUGCGAUUCCGAGCAUGGGGUGGACCACCGUACGAUCCGCUCCCACCUUUCGAUUGGUCAACUACUAAAGUUGUGGCGAAUCACUUUGGUCAGCCGCAACUUUGGAACUUCACUUACGUUGAUCUGGAAUGGGAGGCGGAGACCAAUGUUCUCGGCUUUGGAUGA